AUGAGUCGCUUGAACGUGGAUACCACGCUGAGUGGUGACAGCAACGAAAGAUACUCCUUUAUGGAAACACCGCUCGAAAUGCACCCGCAAUCUCACCAACGGGAGCUAUCGUCGCCGACCCCAGCGGACUCGAGCGCACCGCCGGAGCAUCCUGCGACAGACGAGCCCCAGAAAACGCGACAGCGAGCAUGGUCAUAUGCGCCGAGUGAGAAGGAGGUUAAAUUGCAACAUCAGGGAAUAAUGCCAGAUUAUACCAACUGCCCGCCCCUGGAGCAGCACCCGGCCAAUUAUGCGCCAUUGGUUCAAGCACAGCAGCGCCAACAGCGCCACCAGUCACAGCUCCAGCACAGCGCUUCAAUGCCUCUGCAGCUGUAUUCGAAUGCGUCCGAAGACCGACAAUAUGGCACCGAAGAUUAUGCACAAUCAUAUACAAACCUAGCCCAACCACAACACGACACGAUGUCUCCUCGGUCGUAUACACCCCAGCCAUAUACCAAGAUAUCAGAACAACAGCAUCAAGGGCACCAACAAAGUAGCAUGUCCAUAUCUCCUCAGUAUGCGCACGUACCCGAGCAAUCGCAGCAUGCUGUCCCGAUGCCUCCGCAUUCGAACUCACAUGUGGGCAAUCCAUAUGAGACGCAAUCAUACAUCGAUUUCCACGAGCAACAGCGCGCCACUCAGACGUCUUCUCAGCCCUAUUUCUCAUAUACCGAACCGCCUGUCUCGCCCCCCAGCUCACCAGGCCCACUCCCGUUGAAGGCCUUAAACCCUGACGCAUCAUCACAAUCUGAGGCCAUGACAAUUGGCCCAGAUUCCAAUCCUCUGCAGUCGCCAAAAUCGCCCUAUUUCCCCCCUCCUACGAGGGCAGCAGCCUCGCAUGCUCCCUCUCCGGAUGAUCUGAGCGCAUACCACCAACCCGGCCAAACCCCUCAUCCAAACCAAGAGGUGAUGGGAGGGGGGUGGAGCAAUGGGCUGUGCGAGUUGUCGAACUUCGGAAUCUGCUGUCUCGGAUUAAUAUGUCCCUGUAUUUUAUACGGAAGAACACAACACCGACUCUCAAUGAAAUCCAGAAAGGAAGACCCGACCAACAUUCUCGGCUAUGAGACAUGCAAUGGGUCAUGCACCGCGAUGGGACUGCUCUGUGGAUGUCAAUGGCUCCUGGCAACUGUCCAACACACCAGAACGAGAAAGACCUAUGGAAUCCAGGGUACUAUCGCAUCAGACUGCGUGCGGGCAAGUUGCUUUACAUGCUGUACGUUGAUUCAAGACGAGAAGGAGAUUCAGAAGCGUGAGGAGACCCGCGCCCGGGCAGCGAGGGAACGAGGAACGACUCUGCUCUCGCCAUAUAUCACCCCCGCACCGAUGUCGUAUGGCGCCUCAAGAUAA